CAGUGACACAGCUUAUACAUAACCUUUAAAAUAUUUUGCAAAAUAAACAAAUUACUUAUGACUCAGAUUUAUUAUUAAUUUUAGGUGAAUAAUUUAAAUAAAUUCGUAGUAAGUUGAUAUCCGAAAAGUGCCUUUUUACUAGUAUGUCUUUCUUGAAUUUCUGGUCUACGCCAGACCCAAAAGAAGAACAAAAAGAAACAGACAGAGCACUAAGAAAAGUAGGCAGAGACCUUGAAAGGGAUCGUCUCAAGUUGGAAAGGGAAGAAAAAAAGUUGGAACAAGAAAUUAAGAAACUAGCAAAAGAAGGCAACAAUGAAGGCUGCAGAAUCAUGGCCAAACAACUGGUGCAACUGCGCAAACAAAAAACCAGAUCGUACGCGGCCAGCAGCAAAGUUACUGGUGUCCAAUUCCAAAAUAAAGCGAUGGGGGCCAACGUAAAAUUGGCAGAGUCCAUGGGGGUGGCUGGCAAAACUAUGUCGGACAUGAAUAAGUUGAUGAAACCUGAACAGAUUGCUGCUACUGUUAAUGCUUUCACUAGAGAGAAUAUGAAGAUGGAGAUGACAGAUGAAAUGAUUAAUGAUACUCUGGAUGAUAUGCUAACAGAAUCAGGAGAUGAAGAAGAAAGCGACCAAAUUGUUAAUCAAGUCUUGGACGAAAUUGGUAUUGAAAUGAGUGGCAAAAUAUCUGGAGCUCCACUGCCAGAAACUGGAAAAAUUGGAGAUAAAUCCAAAGCCAAAGGGCUCACAGACGAUGAAAUUGAAGCACAACUUGCUAAACUAAGAGGAUAAUGUGAUAAUAAAGCACCUUUUUUUAUUACUUAUUUUAUAUUCAGAUUUUUCUCUUGGUAGGAACCAUAUGGCUUUGUUAAACAAAAAAUGAAUCCAACUUAACAAAUUUAAAUAUAAAUAAUCUUACUGUAUGUAUUAAGUAGGUAGUUGAAUAUUUUGUUGCUAUAAUUAUUAAAUAAAAAUUAUUUUGACUAA